AUGGAGUCCCUCAUACUACAAUCGAUUUUAAUAUUUUUUAUAUUUUUCUUUGGAUUGGUGGCUAGUUUGGCACCAAUUAAAGUGAGUUUUGGAUUUAGGAGUUAAGUAUAUGAUAGUAGAUUGAUUUAUCUGAUUUUUACAGAAUUUUUAAUUUGAAAAAUUUUAAAUUUUUAAAAAUGGAUAUCUAAAAAAUAAUUUUAACAUUACUUUCAAAGCUGAUAAUACUAUUUAUAUGCAAAUAUUGUUGUUGAUUUUAUAAAAUUUCAAUAUUUUCGUUCAAGUAUCAUGUUUUAUUCUAUGAUCUUUAAAUACGAUUUGUUACAUAAUGCUUUCGCUUACUUUACUGUGACACUUCGAUUAUCUUCUUUGAAUUCAAACUUUUCAACUUUUUCUUUGUAAAAAAUGUAAAAACAGCUUUUUUGAGGCAGAUUUAUUAUGAAUAUUGCUACUUUACACUUGCUAUUUAUAUUAACUAUCUUUUGCGUUACUUUUUCUUUUUCUGCUUUGUCAGUCAAAGUAAGAUAUCAAUAUAUAAUAUGAGGAUACCUUUGACAUAUGAAGAUUUUGUAGUAGAAUAUUUUUAGAAUUUAAAGCUAUACUAGCCUUAAUCUGAUUAUAAUAUUGUUUUACAGAGUUUGUAAGAAAAGUAAAGUAAAGAUCUGAAUUUUUUAUUUUUUUGUAAAAUACAGGUUCUUUACUGUACAUAUUUUUACAGAUAUAUGGCGUUCUCCAGAAAAGACUAUACGAAAAGAGGAAACGAAGAGGGGAAGAUAGUACCAGUAGUACAGUCAGCGAUUGGGUUUCGUGUCUUUCAUGUUUUGCUGGGGGCGUAUUCUUGAGUGUCAUCUUUCUGCAUUUACUCCCUGAUGCACAGUAAGUAUAGUUCAAUAUUCAUGUUUGUGUUUUGCAAAUACGUUUUUUAUUUUUAUGAUUGCGACAUUCUAAAUGUAAAACUUUAGUGAAUCCCUUCGUAUCGUACAAAGUAAGCAUGUAUGGAAGGCUGAUUACCCUCUAGUUGAAUUUAUGACAUUAUUUGGAUUCUUCUUCGUCUACAUGAUCGAAGUUGUCAGUGAAACAUGUUUUAGUAAUAGUGGCAUCAAAAACAGACAUAAGUUAAUCUCAAAGUUGUCACAAGUGUUUCGACCCAAUCACAAGAAAUCAGCCAUUUAGUAAGUAAUAUAUUAUGAUUACGGUCAAAUUUAAGUUCAAAGAUGAAAAUACUAUAUAUGAUUUAAAAAUCUUUUUAAUUUCAACGCGAAGUGUUAAAUUUAAUUUUGCAGUGAGACUAACAGUAGUGGCCAUACAAUUUCUUCGAUACAAAUAGAAGAAAAACAAAACCGUUGCAGAUGUAUUCCCCAUAUUCCCAGGAAAGAACGUACUGUAAUUAUACGUUCGAUUACAUUUGUCAUAGCUUUGGUCUUUCACAGUAUGGUCGAAGGGUUUGCUUUUGGAGUACAACGAAGUGCUCGUGCUAUCACAACAUUAUUCGUUGGUAUUGUAAUCCAUCGUACUGUUGUUGCUUUCUCAGUAGGAACUAGACUGAUCAGUAGUCAUCCGAAGAGACCUAUCUUUGUCAUUAUAUUAUCAUUGAUCUUUUGUGCCAGCUCUCCGUUGUUUGCUGUGGUUGGCAUGAUGGUCAAGGUAAGGUUAUAUUUUUUUAGACAUCUACUUAAACACUUACUAACAAUACCAUAGAAAAACUUGAUGUUUAGUCCCAAUAUGACAAAACCUAUAAGACUUUUUCAGCAAUCAGCGAUCGACGAGUUGGUUAAAGAGCAAAUUACAUUCUUCCUAAUCAGUCUGUCAAUCGGAACAUUUUUAUAUAUCGCCUUUUUCGAGGUGAGUGCUUAUCACUUUCGUGAUGUAAUAUAAACCGAUUCACAGUGAGGUUGUUGUAGAUGCUGGCUCCGGAACGAUUGAACAAUACUCACGAAUCUCCCAAGUUUCUGGCCACUUUUUGCGGGUUUCUGGUCAUUGCGAUCAUCAUUUAUUUUGAGGAAUAA